UACGGCGCGCUCGGCGUCGACGAGGCCGCGGACGCGGCGACGAUCAAGAAGCGCUACCGCGAGCUGGCCCUGACCGUCCACCCCGACAAGGGCGGGAGCGCGUCCGCCUUCAAGAUCCUGAACGAGGCGAAGUCGACCCUCUGCGACGAGGACGCGCGCGCCGCGUACGAC